AUGAUCCGCCACAUCAAAGAUGAGACUAAUCGGUACUUUCAUCAGUGGUGGCGAGGAAAGGAGGCUGAAGCAGCAAGAACUGGUGCUGAUGUUCCUGAUAAAAGAACAAAAGCUGAAUGGGUGGAUACAACAGAUGCAGAAAUAAAAGCAUUUAUUGCUGUGAUGAUUGUAAUUGGAAAUAACAAGAGACCACGGUUCAAAUAUUACUGGUCAUUGGAAUGGCUCAUAGAUAUGGUAGGAUAUGGUAGCACCGUUAUGCGGCGUGAUCGCUUCAUGGUGAUUCUCAGGUUUUUGCAUGUAGCUGAUAAUACUAGAGCAAUUCCCAGAGGGAAUCCUGGGCAUGACCGCUGUUUCAAGAUUAGACCUAUGCUCAGGAUUCUAGUCCCUCAAUGGCAAGCAGUGUUUUUCAUCGAUAAGUGUACCAGUAUUGACGAGGGCAUGAUUGGAUUCAAGGGCCGAGUUUACAUGAGACAAUAUAUGCCCAAAAAGCCCACCAAGUGGGGGUUGAAGGCCUGGAUCCUAGCUGGAUCAAAGACUGGGUUCGUCUAUAAGUGGCAGUUGUACACUGGUAAAGAAGGAGACCAAGUUGAGGUGAAUCUGGGCCAGAGAGUUGUUCUUGAACUUUCUCAGAUUUUGCUCAGGGGUCAUGAAGUCUACUGUGACAAAUUUUUUACUUGCUAUGAGCUGCUGGAGACCCUACAGGGCAGGGGCAUUGCAUGCUGUGGAACAGUUAGGUCAAACAGGGUAUCCAACCCUCAGGAACAGAAGGACUUCACUGUCAAGAGGCAAGGAAAAGCUAACCUUCAGAGACUGUCGCCUAUCUUCAAGCGCUGCGGGGAUAUCUUGGCAGUAUCAUGGUAUGACAAAAGGCCGGUGACAAAGUUGUCACGCAAUCAUACUUCUGAAAUGGUUACCAAAAGGCUAAGGGAUAGGGAAGCAGAAGGAGGAUACAGACGAAUCGAGAAGCCUCAAGCAGUGGUGCAAUACAAUUAG